AAAACACUUUAUAUAUAUAUAUAUAUACUCACACAUCCAUAUCUCAAACACUUACACUCUCUCUCUCUAUAUCUCCCAACCAAAACAUCAAAGUCUCUAUAGAAAAAAAGGGAGAAAGAGAGAAAGACCUCUUUUAUUCAUUUCCUUUUCAUCAAUCAACUUCUCAUAUAUAUAUAUAUAUAUAUAUAUAUUUAUAUAUAUAGAAGAAAAAAAGAUGAAUGGUGGUAGCUAUGAUCAUUCACAGAUGAUGAGACAAGAACAAUACUCAUUAAAAAGAAGAUGGCAAGAGAUUAAGAGACAACAACAACAACAACACUUAAGGCUUAAUACUACUGCGACUCCACCUUCUAACGGUGGACUCUCCUUCAUGGGAUUAACUACUAAUAAUAAUAUUAAUAUCAAUACUUAUCUCCAAGCCACGGCACCACCGCAGAUGCUGGAUCACCGCCACGAGGAUUUGGUGGCAGCUGCGGUGGUGCCGGCGGUGACAGUGGUGCUUGAAGGGCGUUCCAUCUGUCACCGUAUUAGCCUCCAUAAACAUGGGAGUUAUCAAAGCUUUGCUAAAGCCCUCCGACGAAUGUUCGGGGAGGGCGGCGAUCAUGAUGUUGAUGAUAAAGAUCUGGAUCUGUCUAAUGCUGUUCCUGGUCAUCUCAUUGCUUAUGAAGAUAUGGAGAAUGAUCUUCUUCUUGCUGGUGAUCUUAAUUGGAAGGAUUUUGUACGCGUAGCAAGGAGAAUCAGGAUAGUGCCAGCAAAGUCAAAUUCAAAUUCAAGGAAGCCUUCAAGAGAAGAGGUCUUAGUAACAACAGCUACUACUACUACUACCACUUAAUUAAUUAAUUAAUUAAUUAAUUAAUUAUUAACUACAUACCUAGCUAUUACAAACGUAAUUGUAAACAACAAAUAAUAAAAACUAUAGUACUUAAUUUGACUCUGCUUAAUUAUUAUUAUUAUUAUUG